UCGAUAAGUUUGAAACGACGCGUGGAAGCGCAACUUACGACGGGCUUCCGCCUCAGCGUAACUAACUGCACGCAAAUUGCACGCUCAGCACAAUUGCACUGCGAUAAUGGCGAAACAACGGCCGGUUCGAGGCAUUUGCCCUCGUCAAAGCCGUUGAGUCGUUUCGGUGCUACGUGCACUGCCAGGACGGGGCAUUGUACUUGAGAUGAUUCUGACGUUAUGCUACAUGUACGCCACUCUUGUUCAGUGGUGGCGAUUGGGUGUGCUAAGGCAGCGUCUUAGCGGCACCCUGCAUAAACAGAAUGCGUUGUUGUUGUGCUCUUCACCUACCUGCAUCGGAUCGCAGGAGGAUGCACAGCGAUCAUUGGAAAACCUGCUCUAUCAGCAAGAGGGACGAAUUGCCUGUACCAUUGUGCCAAGGCAAAACGUUCAUCUUGGGCAAUGGGCAUCUUUCCCAAAGGAUCGUAAAAGUUUCCCGUUGCAUUACCGCUGCUCGGGGUCUUCUUCUUCCUUCAGAUGCACCAGUUCCAGUUCUAAGGUGCAUCUGCUACUGCAGGCUAGUUUAGAAUCUGGAAAUAAACCAACAACCAAGAUAGACUUCGUUCGUAUGGAGCAGUUCGGUGAGCUGGUUGCAUGGCGCGCGCAGGAAUUCUUCGAGGUGGUGUUGAAGUCAGAUCUGGACCGGUUGACUAUCCUCAUGAAUAGUUUUCGUUUUCAUGCAAUAGGAAUUAAUCACGACUUACAUUUAAUUAAAGUAGAAGCUGUGGACGUUACUGGGAUACCUGGAAAGAUAAAAUACGAUCGGCGACUCUCUAAGCAGCGGUUUUCACGGGGCCUGCCCAAAUUCAAGAGUUUGCCACUUGUCUAUCCGAAAAUUACGAUAGAAAAUGGUACUACUACUCCUACCCUACCCCCUGCCGCCAUCGUGAAACCCCCCGAGGUAGAGAAAAAACCGGUGUCGGAAGUAAAGCCCAUAAGAAAAUCAACGAAAAAUACGCUGGAUGUGCAUCAUUCAGCUACGAAAAAGAAGCGCGAGAAACAUGCUACCUCCACACCUGCGGUGGCACAUGUCAAAGAUGAACAAAUAAAACAAGAGCCAAGUGCAGAGAGUAAAUCGGAAGUCUCUGUAGAAAACAAAAAGUCCUAUUCUGACGUAACCGCAACUCCUGCGAAAAAUCUUCAGCGCCAGAACGCAACUUCUUUAGCAUCGAAGGAAACCUCGCCCAACCGGCAACUCCCUAAACCACCUAAUAUUCUCGUCUACGCUGAUACCACCCUUGCGAAGGAGAAUGUUAAAGCAGUCUUGAAGACUAUUAUCAACAAGGAUAAAUACACUGUAUAUGAUUUCCCGCGCAAGCUGGAGAACUUCUGGAACGACACAACUACGUUGGUGGUGGUUUGCGGGCAGGUACCCGCUGCGCUCACCUCCCAUCUUCUGGGGUAUCUUAUUCAUGGCGGGCAGUUGUUGUGUCUAUGCAGUGAUCUCCUCUACAGCGUUCUCCAGCCGUUUUCCACUGCUGAGGUGCGAGAGCAUGAGUUGGUCCGCUUUUCAUAUGGAGAAUGGAAGCGGGUCAAGAUGAUGCAUCAUAUCUUCUGCUAUCAAGCCUCUCCGGCGAAGAAGCAGUUCUCGAGGGAGGCAAGCGAUGCUGGUAGCAUGGGUAGCACAGGUAGUGCUGGUUCAAGCCCCGUUGCACCACGCACACCUUCAAUUGUCGAGGUACACCACGAAGGGCGACGACAUACUAUUCAAGUGCAGGUCCUCGGCGCUGAGGAAACAUGGCAAACCCCGAGUCUUUUGCUCGCCGCUGUGCGGGAUAGUAACGGCGGCAAGGCUGUUUUUUCCCAGGUGCAUCUCGAGGUAGACCCAACACAAUAUCAAGACGACGAGAGCAAGUUUACCGCGCUUAAAGACAGCAAUCAGGCGCGCUUGGAAAUAAUGAAGCAUAUUCUCAGCACUCAUCUGGAUAUUGAUUGUAGUGUGCAGGGCAACAGCGCGGAGCAGUUAAAAUACGAGCCUGCGUAUUUUCUAGGCAGGCACGACUUGAAAAUGCUGUUGAUCAAUGGGGGUGGCAUUGUCGAUGGUAGGCUGAAACUGCCCGAAUUGGAAGUCAGCUUUGUUGCCAAGAACAUUGAUGACGGCCCAUUGGAAGCUAAAGUUGACAAACUGCCAGUUAUGGUACUGCAAUGUCCCACAAAUUUCUCAACGGUGGAAUAUUUUGACACGCUGGUCACUGAGCGUGUUGGCCGCUUGGUUAUUUACGCGGAUGUAAUGGCAUCCACGCAAUAUCUACUUGCGCAGAAACUCGCAGAUGGUUUGGUUGUGAUCGCCCGCAGGCAGACCGCUGGUAAAGGGCGCUCUGGCAACGAAUGGCUCAGCCCUGAUGGGUGCGCCAUGUUUUCGCUUCAGCUGCAUAUCCCGCUCGACAGCCAUUUAGGUCGAUCUAUACCAGUGGUGCAACAUUUAGUGAUGUUGGGAGUGGUUCUAGCUGCCAAAAGUGCUUCUGGUCUACAGACCUUGGACAUUGGUUUGAAGUGGCCUAAUGAUCUCUAUGCCUACGGCAAUGUUAAGAUUGGCGGCCUUGUGGCUUCCUCCAUUAUCGAACGAGAUUUGGCGGUGGUUUCGGUUGGCUGUGGGAUCAACCUCAGCAACCGUCAGCCUACGCUCUGCAUUAAUGAUAUAAUAAGCGAGGCGCAGAAAUCCCGCGUGGAUGCAAGUCUAUCACCGGAGAAGUUCUUUGCGGCCACGUUCAAUGAAGUGGAAAAACUCAUCGAGAAUACGCAACGUGAGGGAGUUAAUUACUUACUUGACUUGUACUACCGGCAUUGGUUGCAUACGAAUGCAAAUAUCACGGUGGUCACUGCCGACGGUGCGUCGAAGAAUGUUACGAUUAGGGGUAUGGAUUUAUUUGGAUUUCUAGAGGUGCAGGACGAUGCGGGGGUGAUCAGCAGCGUCCAGCCCGACGGGAACACUUUUGACAUGUUGCGCGGUUUAAUUGCGCCGAAGAUAACAUCUUGUUGACUUAGCUAGGACGAAGAGAUCUCUUUAAAUAUAUUGCUAGUUUUGCUCCAUUUUACGAAUUAACGCUUCGCUAGUGUUUUGCGGUUGCUAACUGGAAAGCACAUGUUACAAGCGAUGUUUUAUGGUGUUAUAUUGUAAGGGAAUAUAUAUAUAUAUGUGGCUGAUUUGUGAACAUCAACGCAGAUGGUAUUUGUGGUUCUAAAUUAAAGGUAAAUUUCCAUCUACAA